AUGGCUGGCUGUCCUGGAACGGAGCUUUCCAAGAUCUUGCUGUUUGGAACUUCGAUAGUGACACCGGUGAAAACGUCUUGUCCAGAAGUGCUGUCGCUGCUAAUUGGGACAGCCUUAACGUCAACAACAUUACAGAUAGCAGCAGCCUUCUUAAUCACGUUCUUGGCCAAUUCCACAACCUCGAUCUCAUUAAACGACAACUCUCUGUUGAAAACAGACUCUGGAGUCUCACUCGACGUAGUUCUUCUGCCACUCUGGGAAGCUCUUGGAGAUGAACAAGGUCAAAACACAUGGCUUGUCCUUGUUCAAGUCGGCAGGCUUACCCUUCUUCUUCUUGAGCAAUUGACCUUCGGUCUCUCUGAUAGAUCUGGACAAGGUUCUGAUGUAUGUCAAAGCGUCGGUCAACGAAACAGAGAGUGGCUCCUUUGGAGUUGGCCAUUUGGCGUGCAGAAUGGUCUCCUUGUGUCCCAGAACUUCUUUAUAAAUGAACUCGGCAAAGUGUGGGGCAAUUGGAGACACCAAAAUGGCCUGGGUCUCAAGGUACUUGAUAACCAAGUCUUUGUGCAUGCCAUCACCAAUGUUGCUAACUUCUCUGUAGUAAUCUCUGGCAGUUUGGUAGUCAAAGAGAGCAAACUUAAGACCUGCUUUGAAGUUAGUAGCAUCGUACUGCUGAUAAGUCUCGUUGAUCAAAGAGUUCAUCUCGUUGUCAAAUGCUUUGUCAAAGAAGUUGUACUCUCCGGUUCUGAAAGUGUCGAUGUUCUUGACAACGUCCUCGGCCCAGUCUUUCAAAGUGUACAUUCUGAGAAUGGCGGCGUUUGCGUUACUCUCGUCAAAGUUGGCAUCUUCAACACUGUCACCAGAGUCAGCAAGAGCAAUUCUGGUAGCAUCAGCACCGAACUUCUCCACCAUCUGGGUCAAAGUCAAGAAGUUUCCUGUAGACUUGGACAUCUUGGCGUUGUUCAACAUCAGGUGACCAUUACAUCUGAUACCCUUUGGCCAGAACUGCUUCUUGAACAGGGCAACGUGACAGUAGAUGAAGAAAGUCAAGUGGUUUGGAAUCAAAUCUUUUCCAGAAACAGACAUGUCUGUUGGAUAGAAGUAUUCAAACUCUCUUCUCAUGAUGUCAAGUUGUUCUUGAGGAAUGUCACUCUCAACCUUGUCGAUGUUACAGAAGAUAUAAUCCCAAACGUCAUCGGUCAUUUGUUCAACCUUGAUUCCAAAUGGUCCAGGAACUUUUCCGUAGAUGUCCUUGUGGAGAAGAUGAGACACAGUGUAGUAGGAGUGGUAGAUAGUAGAGUCGGAAAGAGAUUCAACAAGGUACUUUGGAUCCCAUGGGAUUCUGGUUCCCAGACCGUAACUUCUAGAAACAGCCCAGUUCUUCAACCAGUUGAGAACACCUUCAAAAGCGUUUCUGCUCUCAGCGCUGUAUGUGUUCAGGUUGGAGAGACAUUCCAAAGCUUGCUGCUUCCAGGAUUCUUCACCGUAGUCCAAGUACCAUUGAUCCUCAAGAGAAACAAUACACUCAUCUCCAGAUCUCGAAAUGACUUGAGAUUCUGGCUCACUCUCUUUAGCGGUUGCAAGAGGAACGGUAUCCUUAGAAGAGUUGAUCUUCAACUCCUUCACAAGAUACUCGGCACAAAGAUCACCAUACUUUUCAGUCUUGAUGAUAGGAACUGGGUCCUUGACAACCCACUCCUGUUUAAUGCCGUAGUACUCAGACUUGUUGUAAAGAUCUCUGGUGGUGGCAUAGUCAUCAGGAGAGUCAGAUGGGACACAAGUAACAACACCAGUACCCUUAGAUUCCAAAAUGGUUUCCAUCGGAAGCACUCUGAGCUCUUCCAGUGGAGUCAAAGGAGCGUGAAUCUUCGAACCAAUCAAAGUAGAUCCAGAAAUCUUCAGAAUGUAAUUGUAGUCACCUCUAACUGGGGAAAUCUUUUGGUAACUCAUGUUCUUGAAAGAUUUCUCGGUACAGAUGUAGUAUUCUCCAUUUCCAGCGUCGAACAAUCCGUAAUUAAUCUUUGGAGACACAAAACAACACGUUUGACCGUACAUGGUUUCUGGUCUCAAGGUUGCUGCAACAAGGUACACCUUCUUACCAGCCAAGUCGAACUUCUCAUUCUUCAAGACCUCCUGAGCCUUUUCAGCAAACUCGGUAAUUUCAAUCUUGAUACCAGUGUACUCUUGAGGGAGAACAGCCUCUCCGGACUGUCUGUCGUGGUCCAUACAUGGCUGACCAUCCUUCACGGAGUAAAUCGUGUAUCUCUCACCGAAUCUGAUCUUGUUUUGUUGCUUCAACUUGUUCAUUUGCCAUCUAACAAACGAAUCAUAGAAUCCGUUGUAGUCAGUAGUGACGGUAGAUCUUCUCCAGUCAACCUUUCCACCAAAAGAACGAACCUGCUCUUCAACAAGCGGAGGAAAGUACGUAACCCAGUAGUAUGGGUCGGAGAAGUUCUUGAUCUCAGAGGUUGGAAUACCCAACUGUUGCAUAAUCUCAAACUGUCUUCUCCAAGCUGGACAGUUGGCAGGGAAGCUAUUUGUGUUUGGGCACUCAAGAAUGGAGAGUCUGAGUGCGAGAAGAACAAGGCAAACUUUCUUGAGACAGACGGAGGUGCCGCAACAGGAACAGGCUCUUCAACCACCGGCGCUUGUUCUGUUUCUGUGGAAUUCAACAAUGUACGCAACGUCUCUGUAGUGUUUUUCGAGUCUGUUUGUUCCUCAACCGGUUCAGUUGGUUUCUUCAGGAACGAUGGCAAAAACUCCGUAUCAAUAUCCUCAUCCUCUUCUUCACUCACCUGUGGUUCUUCUGCAGGUUCCUCAACAGGUUCAGAUUUCUCAAUCUCGAAAUCACCAUUAAUCUCUCCUCCAACAACAUCAGGCUGCUCGAAAACCUCUUCGUCAUCCAAUUCCAUGGGCUUUUCGAAAUCAAAAGAAUCCAUCCAUGAUUCCAACAUUUUAUUAGUGCGCUCCUUUUCAUCGUUAAUUUCAAGCUCAGUCUCUCCCAUAUUGAUAUCUGUUUUCACUUUCUCGACAGUAUGA